AUGAAGUUCGGCAAGAGCAUCGUCGCGUCCCAGGUGGCCGGUUGGCAGGAGUUCUAUCUCAACUACAAGGCGCUCAAGAAGAUUAUCAACUCGCUCGCGGCCGGACGUCCCGCGACCGAAGCCGCGCUCCUGGCGUCGGGCGGACGGCUGAACAAGCGCCGCGGGUCCGAUGCCAACCUCAGCGGCACGAGCCCGGCCCCGAGCGCGACCAACACACCAGUGUUCGCGCCUGUGCGGGACUCACCAGACGUCGGCGGGGACCUCGAUGCCCUGCCGCCCGGUGCUGAGCCGCCAGCACCGACGUCGGCGCUGCUCGGCGGCUCGGGGGCCGGAAACGGCAGUGUCGACCCUGGCAACACGUUCAAGGCGCACCGCGACGCCUUCUUCUUCCUCCUUGCGCGCGAGCUGGAAAAGAUCAACGCGUUCUAUCUGAUCAAGGAGCGCGAGCUCCGCUUGCGACUGUUGACGCUGCUGUCCAGCCGGAAACGCUUGCUACGCAGCCAGCGCGAGCUCGUGCAGGACGGCAUGAUCAGCGAGGGCACCAAGCGCGGCGCAGAGUGGGCAAGUCUCGAGGAAGGCUGGCGGUUGUUUGAGCGUGACCUCGGCAAGCUGCAGGGCUUUAUCGAGAUCAACGCGACGGGCUUCCGCAAGAUUCUGAAAAAGUGGGACAAGCGGUCCAAGAGUAACACCAAGGAGCUCUACCUCGAACGCCAGGUCGAGGUGCAGCCGUGCUUCAACCGCGAGUUUAUCGCCAAGCUGUCGGACAUUGUUGCUGCCAACUUGCUCGACAUGGAGAGCGGAUCCGACCACCUGACCGCGUCGUUCUUUGCCGACGAGCUGCCCGAGGUGGGCGGCGGCGACGACGGCCUUGCGUUUGACCGCGACGACUAUGAGAGCGACCCGGGAGAGGCGCUCGCGACCGACGCGCUGUACGACCUCGAGGCCAACUUGCCCAAGGUCGAGGGUGGGCGCGAGGCCCUCACCCACUGGCUCAAGCAGGCCCGCAAGCUGCUGGCCAAGAACAAGGGCGACGGCCGCGCGAUGCGCAUUCUCUGGCGCGCAGCCCUCACUGUCCCCGACGACUAUCUCGACCUGGUGUUCACGCCUCCCCUCGACUUUGGCUACGUGGACAAGAUCAACGAGCGCGACCCCAUGCACCAGGCCGCUAUCGGCGGCUCGCUCCGCCUCGUCGAGCUGUGUCUCCAGAACGCGCCCGAGCUGCUCGAGCGUGAGGACGUCUACCGCCGUCGCCCAUUGCACUAUGCCGCCAUGCACGGCCACCCGUCCAUCGUCUCGCUGCUCCUGUCGUCCAAUGCACGGGCUUCCGCAACCGACAUGGACGGCUACACGCCGCUCAUGCACGCCAUCACCAACGGCCACCUCGAGGUUGUCCGCAUCUUUGUGAAUGGCGGCUCGGACGUGGAGCCAACAGCCGUCUCGCACGACCUAAUCCCCCUGUCGCUUGCUUGCCAGUUUGGCCAGGUCGAGGUUGCCCAGCUGCUCCUCCAGCGUGGCGCCAAGAUCCGCGGCAACUCGGAAGGCCUCUUCCCUAUGCACUUUGCCGCCAAGGCCGGCCACGAGGCCAUUUGCCGCUUGCUCGUGGAAAAGGGCGGACCGGACGGCGGCGGCAAGGACAAGGAGGACAAGUACAACCUGUGGACGCCCAUGCACCACGCCGCCGUGGGUGGCCGCCUCGACCACCUCGCGUGCAUCAAGGUGCUCGUGGCUGCUGGCUGCGACGUCAACGCCCUCGACGAGUAUGGCAAGUCGCCCGGAUGGUACGCGGCAUGGUUUGGCCACGUCCAGUGCCUCAACUUCCUCAUCGACUCUGGCGCCAAGCUCUUGGCCAAGGAGAAUGAGAUCCGCGGCAUGGAAAACCUCGGCCUAGCGGCGGACCCGCAGAUGAAGGCCCUGUCGCCCGGCUCGGACAUUGAGCUCGACGGCCCCGGCGACGACUUUGAGCUCAUCCCCUCGCUCUCGCUCCCACCCCCAAUCAUCCCUCUGCGCGUGUAUGGCCACGAGUUCCUUGCUAAGCGCUGUCUUGUCCAGCUGUCCCUGGGCCACCCGUACGCUCGCGGCGAGGAAAAGGCUCCGCCCGUCAAGCUGUACUCGCGCUCUGGCCAGGACUCGCUGCACAUGUGGUCGUCGCUCAAGCUCGUCAUGACGUCCAAGUCGGACACGAGCGUCGUCCCGCACUCUGUCAUCCUGCCACUGGCGGAUGCGCGUGAGGUGUUUUCGUUCCAGGUCCAGUCGCUCGAGCGCUUUGCCCUCGAGGUGUCUCUGUACCCGACGUUUGGCUCCAAGGUCAUUGGCCGCGCCACGAUCCACCCGUCCACAUUUAUGGAUAUCCGCGACCACAAGACGUUUACUGCCUUCCUGGUCGACCACCACCUCAAGACGAUCGGCGAGGUCGCCUUUGAGCUGUCGUGCAUUCGUCCGUUUGAAGGCGCCAAGCUCGAGAUUGGCGGCCGCGUCGAGACGUACUGGAAGUCCAAGGUCACACCGUCCAACUCGACACAGGACCACGCCCACCAGUUCCAGUCGCACCGCCCCGUCGGCGUCUCGAGCAUGUCCCCGGCCGUCCGCCCCUCAGUGUCCAUCGUAAAGUCGCAGGAAGAGCCGGCACUGGUCACCGCCUCGUCCCUGUCUGGCGACUACAUCCGCCUGCGCGUCCAAGUGACGCGCGAUGGAAUCCCCGUCAUCUACAGCAAGUUCAAGCUGCCCGUCGACGAGGUGGAUGUGGGAGUGUCCAACGUGACGUAUGCCCAGUUUGAGGCCGUGGCCAAGAAGACGGGCCGCGGCCUCCCGGCUUCAUGUACUGCCACGACGUUUGUGCAGUGGCGCGACGUCAUUUGGAACUGCAUGGCGUCGGUCGAGGACCUCUUGAAACUCGUGCCGGCCGAGGUGGGGCUCAACCUGUGUCUCAAGUACACGCGCGAAUUCGAUGCCGAGCGCACCGGCAUCGCGCACUCGGCCGAGGUGAACACGUUCGUCGACGCCAUCCUGCAGGUCGUCUACGACGCGGGGCAAGUGACGCCCGGCCGUCGGAUCCUCUUCUCCUCGUUUGACCCGACCGUGUGCACGGCCCUGAACUGGAAGCAGCCCAACUACGCCGUCCUCUUUGUGUCGUACUGCGGCAUCGACCGGCGCCAAGCCGAAGACGCGCACAAGCUCAUCGCGUCCCCGUCCGGCGCCGAGCCCGACAACCGCUGCCUCAGCGUGCGCGAAGCCGUCAACUUUGCAAAGCAGACAAACCUCCUCGGCGUCAUCCUCGAGGCGACGACACUGGCGGCGGUCCCCAGCCUGGUGGCCAGCGUCAAGGACGCGGGUCUCCUGCUCGCUGCGUUUGGCAACGAGGCCGACGUGGCGGGCCUGAGGCAGGGGGCGAGCGACGGGAGGACAGUGGACGCGUUCUGUAGCAACCAGUAA